AUGAGCGAAGAGGUUGAGAAGAAGAGAUACCAGAUUCUUAGGAGCAUCGGUGAGGAAUGCAUAAAAGAGGAUGAGCUAAAGAAUCUUCUUGCUACGAUGGCUUUGAACCAUCAGGAAGGAUGCACAUCGCUCAGAAAAGUAAAUAUGUUAGCGAGGGAAUACUGUGAUGACAUAAAGAGGAAAAACAAACCAAUAAUCUUGUCGCACCAUAUGCUUCCUGGUCUCCAACAAGGACAAGAAAAGAUGUCCAAAACUGAUCCAUUAUCUGCCAUCUUUAUAGAAGAUGAGGAGGCUGAAGUUAAUGAGAAGAUCAAGAAAGCUUACUGUCCUCCAAAAAUUGUGCAAGGCAAUCCAUGCCUUGAAUACAUCAAAUACAUCACUCUACCGUGGUUUGAUGAGUUCACAAUUGAGAGAAAUGAAGAAGAUGAUGGUAACAAGACCUACAAAAACUUUGAAAACAUUGCUGCUGAUUAUGAGAGCGGCGAGUUGCAUCCCAGGGAUCUGAAGAAAGGCCUGACGAAMGCGUUGAAUAAGAUUUUGCAACCUGUUCUUGAUCAUUUCAAAACAGACGCUCGCGCCAAGAAUCUGCUCGAACAGAUCAAGGCUUACACAGUUACCAGAUAA